AUUUGAUUUGUCUAGAGGUGAAAAUAAUAAAGAAAAUACUGAUUUAUUGACUGGACUUUUAGAAGCUGCCAACCAAGAAAAAUACGAGUACACGAAUCAAGAACUUAGAGAUGCAAUAGCUACAUUUUUUGAUAUCCAAAAAAAAGCUAGAGAAGAAGCAAUGAAUGUUUUAGAAAAUGCUUCAAAAAUACCAACUUCUGAUAACCUUAAG